AUGUCGGCCAAGAAAAUCGUUGAACUUUGUAAAGAGGCCAAAAAAUCAUUGCAUUGGAUUGUACUAAACAAUUACGAUGAGGAUGAGAUGAGAAGCUACAAAUCUGAAUUAAAAUUAGAAUUGCCUAAAAGUGAUAUCAAAAAGGAAUUUCCUUCAUGGUUCAAAGAAAAGAUUUAUUGUCUCCAAAAAGAUAUGCCUUCGGAUUGUACUGGCGAAUUAAAGGAGUUAGCAUAUGUUCUGUUGUGUGCAUAUUCUUACACUGCGUGCAUUGUAAAUGGUGUCCGAUUUGUCGUGAAUAAUCACGAUCUCCAACGCACUACUCAAAAUAGUGGUGUUGUUACAUUCGGAGAAGACGGUGGCUCAUUCACAGCAGUGCCGGUUCAUCAUCCUCACACCGGGUCAAGUGAAGCUCAUCCUUUUUCUCCCACAAUGGACAUUCUGAUAUGUAAUGUCCGAUCGCAUUACACCUGUAACACUUCACGUGACUCUUGUCCCGUUGUACUUGACCAUCUUCUCGACUCUUCCCGGACCCCCGACCUCCACCUCGGCCACGCCCAUAGUCUUCCCCAUUCGAGUUUCCACAACCACAAUGCUCUUUUUCUUUUGCUUUUUCAUCCGAAUUAUCAAAUAAAAGCUGAUUUUGCUAGGGUUGGAUCUCCUCAACUUUGA